CUGCCCUUUGCUGUUUUAAAGUUGUCUGUCAUCAGUAGUAUUGACACUGCGCUUCUCGCCUCGGUUGUAUUUUUAUCCGAUUAAGCUAUAUUAUGAAAACACACGUUAGUAAGUUUUUUUUCAGGAGUUUUAGCUGUUAGAUUUGUUACAAUACAUCUGACAGUCAGUAUAUAUUGAUAAAACGAAACAACGCGUGUCGAAAAGCAGUUAUCAAAAGAAAAAUAUAUAUAUAUAUAUAUAAUAACUUAUUUUCUUGCAUUGGACCGAAAAUGUCACACACCUUUGUCAACAAGCCGAGGACUGCGCAAGUAAAAGUACAGACUAGGUUGAAUAGUAACAGUGAAGUUAACAGUACCAAUAGGAGUAGAAAUUGCAGCAAUGCAUCCACUGACGUUUCUAGUUUGGGCACGACAAAUAGAAAAACAACUCUUCCAGCAACAUCAAAACCACAGUCAACAGUUAACCAAAAAGGACAACACGUUCAGAAACUUAACGCGGUGCAGCAGAAGUCAGCAAAUAAAGUUCAAAGUUACGGUGCAUUUACAGUAAUCCCUCCAGACCAAAAGAAAAGGAAUGAGCUUCAAAAAAAAGCAGAAGCUGAGCUGACCGCUUUGGAGGACCUCAAAAAGAGAAGGUCCACAGGCCACGUGUCCAUUACCCCAAGUACUGUAGGGGGCAGUUUAACAAUGGAAGAGGUAAGAAGAAAACAGCAGGAAGAGAUGAAGAUGGCAAAAUCACAGCUGAAAAGUAACAAACCUGGAACUUCAUCUGCUGCUCAAGAAUAAAGCAAAUUGUUUGACUGAUGUCUGAUGUUAUUUUCUAUGAGCGUCUAGAAAAGUGUGUUAAAACCGACUAUUAAAAACAAAACUUGCAUUUGAGUUCCUUAUAUUUGCCAUGAAUGCAUAUGGGACCUGUUGAAUGUGCAAGUGUAUAAAUAAUAAUAAUAAUAAUAAUAAUAAUAAUAAUAAUAAUAAUAAUACAUUAGUGAUAAGUGAUACAAAUUAGUUUAUGAAACUGCAUUUGCUCCUGAUUUUCACGUUUCUUAAAGUAGGUGUUUUAAGAAUACAUAUAAUUAUGUUCUGACAUGUGGAUUAAUUUGUAAUUACAUAUUUAAAAAUAUAAUUUUAAAACUGUAAAAUGCAAUGCAUAUUUGGAUGCACUUUCUUGUAAAACAUUUUAUUGAUCGAUCUGGUCUUGCAUUUGUUUGAUGGGUUUGUGCACCUGCCCCUUUUUGACAUUGGACUCUUGUACAAAUAUACUUGUGUGUUGGUAUUUUUUUCAAAAGAAAUUAAAAAAAAAUUCUGUAUUUUUUUUGCCAUUGUUGGUGACCUUUGACCAAAAAUAGUUGCUUAUGAUAGUCUGUUUGUUAAAUCCCUUUUCUUGCUAAUAAAUAAUUGAUUGUACUAAA